UUUGGAGCGCCCGGCUCUUUGCUUGUGUUUUUUACACGAAUUCUUUUCUUUUUUUGUAAAACUUCAUUAUCAUGGCAUCGUGGUUUUCCCAAUUAUCCAGUACUGUAUCAAGUGUAGCUGGUUUGAACACGACGGUGGAAAGCGUCAAGACGGUCGCUGAAACCGCCAAAGAUGGACAGUAUUACGGUAAACUUGAUGACCACGAUCUGGAUUGGACAUUGGCAUCCGGUUCAUCUACCGAGAAUCAAAUCUUUUAUAUUACCACUCCCUCCGGCGGUUUUGCUUUUGUUCAGUUGAUUCACUCUAAUAUCGGUAUCUGGAAUCCCACGAUUUCCUUUACUUGCCGUUUUUACGACCCUUCAAAGAACAUCAAUGUAUUCAAGAACAUCAACAUGUCGAAAUUCGAGCUUUCUACCGACCGUCGUUCCGUGAAAACGGAUAACAUGAACAUUACCUUGCUUCCCGAUCAGCAGACCUUCAAAGUCCAGAUUACCCAUCCCGAACUUGUCGUAUCCCUUGAUUUCACCCGAGUCGACCGUGGCUUCAAAGUAGGCGAAGGUAAAACCUAUUUGGGCGGUGAUAAGGGAUCGGCAGCUGGCUUUGUUUCCCACAAGUUCUGGCCUCGUGCUGUGGCCAAGGGCACGUUUAUCAUUGACAAACAACUCCACGAAAUUGAUGGCGAUGGCAUGUUCAUUCACGCUAUUCAAGGCAUGCAGCCUCAGUUGAUCGCUUCCAACUGGAAUUUCGUCAAUUUCCAAGCCAAGGACGCUGCCCUCUCGAUGAUGCAGUUCCAAACUACCAAACAAUACGGUGCCGUCAAUAUCAAUCAAGGCUCGCUUGUUCUCAAUGGCAAGCUGAUUUGCGUAUCUGUGGAUAAUCACGUUGAACUGUUGGAUCUUCAAAAGGAUACCGACACCGAUUACGAUAUCCCCCAGAGAAUCAAGUUGACUUGGAAGGGCAAAACGAUUGCUGAAGAAGGCAACACCGAAGACACCAAGGAUGUGCAAGUGACCAUGGUUGUUACCGUCAAGAAUCUGAUUGAUAAAAUCGACGUGUUGGCGGAAAUUCCCUGGUUCCUCAAGAAGUUGGUUCAGACCUUUGUGGUAAAACCUUACAUCUAUCAAUGGCUCGAUACGGCUACGGCUGAAAUCAAGGUCGGCGACGAAACCGUCACCGUCGAUGGUCAAUGCUACCAAGAACUUGUAUUUGUGUCUGGCUUCUAGAGGGUCAAUCUGUACACUUUUGCUUUCUUCCCGUCUGCUUGUUUUUCCUCUGAUGAUUUUAUAGUUUUCACUUUUUUUACCAGUUAGUUAGUUAUCUGGUGGAAUCAAGGCACCUGUGUGUUUUUAUGGCGUUUUUCUUUUAUAAUCUGUAAUUCUGUAAAAUACCCCUCUUCGCCAUGUUUUCCACUUUCAAACUUUUUUCCCUCUUUAUAGUUUCUUUUUUUUUUAUACUGUAUCACACUUUAUUCAACCUAGUUAAUGAAAAAUAAAAAGAAUAUCAAUGCUUUUUAGCAAAAAU